CCGGGCGCCCGGGGCGGCGGCGCAGAGCCGGGGCCGGCGCACGAGGCGGCAGGGCGGCCAUGACUGCGGAGCAAGCGCUGCCCCUGGGCAACGGGAAGGCGGCCGAGGAGGCGCGGGGGUCCGAGGCGCUGGGCGGUGGCGGCGGCGGGGGCGCGGCGGGGACGCGCGAGGCGCGCGACAAGGCUGUCCACGAGCGCGGCCACUGGAACAACAAGGUGGAGUUCGUGUUAAGCGUAGCGGGAGAGAUCAUCGGGCUGGGCAACGUGUGGCGCUUCCCCUACCUGUGCUACAAGAACGGAGGAGGGGCAUUCCUGAUUCCUUAUGUGGUGUUUUUCAUCUGCUGUGGAAUCCCUGUCUUCUUCUUGGAAACGGCUCUGGGGCAGUUCACGAGCGAGGGCGGCAUCACGUGCUGGAGGAGAGUCUGUCCUUUGUUUGAAGGCAUUGGCUAUGCAACACAGGUGAUUGAGGCACACCUCAAUGUCUACUACAUCAUCAUCUUGGCCUGGGCCAUCUUCUACCUAAGCAAUUGCUUCACCACCGAGCUCCCCUGGGCUACCUGUGGGCACGAGUGGAACACAGAGAAAUGUGUGGAGUUCCAGAAGCUGAACUUCAGCAACUACAGUCAUGUGUCCCUGCAGAAUGCCACCUCCCCGGUCAUGGAGUUCUGGGAACGGCGGGUCUUGGCUAUAUCCGAUGGCAUUGAGCACAUUGGGAACCUCCGUUGGGAGCUGGCACUGUGUCUCCUGGCAGCCUGGACCAUCUGCUACUUCUGCAUCUGGAAGGGUACUAAGUCGACUGGAAAGGUCGUGUAUGUCACUGCAACCUUCCCCUACAUCAUGCUGCUGAUCCUCCUGAUUCGAGGGGUCACACUGCCAGGCGCCUCUGAAGGCAUCAAGUUCUAUCUGUACCCUGACCUCUCCCGACUCUCUGAUCCACAGGUGUGGGUGGACGCUGGGACGCAGAUCUUUUUCUCCUACGCUAUCUGCCUGGGCUGCCUGACUGCACUGGGGAGUUAUAACAACUACAACAACAACUGCUACAGGGACUGUAUUAUGCUCUGUUGUCUAAACAGUGGCACCAGCUUUGUGGCUGGGUUUGCCAUCUUCUCCGUCCUGGGCUUCAUGGCGUAUGAGCAAGGUGUGCCUAUUGCUGAGGUGGCAGAAUCAGGUCCUGGACUGGCUUUCAUCGCCUACCCCAAGGCUGUCACUAUGAUGCCUCUCUCCCCAUUGUGGGCCACCUUAUUCUUCAUGAUGCUUAUCUUCCUGGGCCUGGACAGUCAGUUUGUAUGUGUGGAGAGCCUUGUGACAGCCGUGGUAGACAUGUACCCCAAGGUCUUCCGGCGGGGCUACCGGCGAGAACUGCUCAUCCUGGCCCUGUCCAUCAUCUCCUAUUUCCUAGGCCUGGUGAUGCUGACAGAGGGAGGCAUGUACAUUUUCCAGCUUUUCGACUCAUAUGCCGCCAGUGGCAUGUGCUUGCUCUUUGUGGCCAUCUUUGAGUGUGUCUGCAUCGGCUGGGUGUAUGGAAGCAACCGGUUCUAUGACAAUAUUGAGGACAUGAUUGGUUAUCGGCCACUGUCACUCAUCAAGUGGUGCUGGAAAGUCGUGACUCCUGGGAUCUGUGCGGGCAUCUUCAUCUUCUUUCUGGUCAAGUACAAGCCACUCAAGUACAACAACGUGUACACAUAUCCUGCUUGGGGCUACGGCAUCGGCUGGCUCAUGGCUCUGUCCUCUAUGCUCUGCAUCCCACUUUGGAUCUUCAUCAAGCUGUGGAAGACAGAGGGCAGCCUGCCCGAGAAAUUACAGAAGUUGACAGUCCCCAGUGCUGAUCUGAAAAUGCGGGGCAAGCUUGGGGCCAGCCCACGGACGGUGACCGUUAAUGACUGUGAGGCCAAGGUCAAGGGCGACGGCACUAUCUCUGCCAUCACAGAGAAGGAGACGCACUUCUGAGUCCUCACCAGCCACUUGGAUGCAGCUCCAACCUUCCUUCCCUGUGUGUAAAUGAACCCCGAACCUCGUACUUCACCUAAUGUUAGGGGCUUGCUCGUCUGCACAGGACUUAUUAACAAGUUAACUCCCAGCCGGCCACUGUGUGCCCUGUACCCUCGCCUCACCCCUGUGAUCGUGGGCAUAUCCACCUCACCAAGAUAAUUCUGUACAGUGACUAGUAGAUCCUGGCCUAGGGUGGCUCAGCCUGUGUUUUCUAGGGUUCUUGUAUUAUACUGUCAACUCUUAUGCUGGGGGCAGGUGGAGUGGGGGAGCGGUGCCUGUCUGCCUCUGGCUUUCAGUCAUUCCUGGUUUUAUCUCUGAACUUCCCUGGCCAUCCUCCUCUGUGCCCUAGGACAAGCGUGUUUUAUUUUGUUUUAUUUUGGUCUUCCCUCUUUCCCAGUGACACCUUCUACAUGUCGAGGUUGCAAGAUAGAAAACAAAGCAUCCCACCAUCCUCAGGGCUCCUGAGUAACCAGGAGUUGCUGACUGUCCCUUCCAGUGACUGAGGCUCCUCCUUUCUCUCCCUAGCCUCCAGUUUCUCCACCUCCCAGACUGGGAGGGGAUAAAUGGAGUCUUCAGAGCAGGGAAGAGUACCUGCCUCACUGCUUUGCAGGGCUGAAGUACCUGCAGAGACUUGUAGACCUCUUCUCUGUCCCCUUGGUUACAACCUACCCACUUGCUUGUCUUAAGUCAAACCUACCACCAAUGAUGUGGGGAAGUGUGUUUCCCUAACAACUGGAGUUUUAGCUUAACCCUGAUCCCUGGAGACUAGUGCACCCCCAGCCCCUGUGGCAGGGGCUCCCACCAUCUGUCCAGCCUUCUUGGCCACCAGCUCUGUCCCUCCUUCCUAGGUAGGGAUGAUCAGAAGGUAACCAUCUCUUCUUGCAGCUGUCUGGCCAGGAUCUAUGGCUUAGGAUCUAUGGCUGCCCCUGCAGGGGAGCUACAGUGAGGCCUGGGGCUGGAUUCUACCCACAGUCCCUUCCCUGUGCACCCUGCUUUGUCCCCUGCCUUGUCCCUGUCCUCUUUUUUACCUUUCAGCCUAUCCCUGCAGAUCCUGUAGGCAGACACCUUAACUCUGGAGCCAUUCCACCUGCCUGUCACCUGCGUCUGAGGAGCCUUCACUUCCAUUUGCCAGAGGGAAGAACUGGUUACCCAUCCCUCAGACUCUUCCUUGGAAAUGGAGCAUAUAGUCCCUAGGGGGAGGCCUUUUGCCCUUUCUGCCUAGCUCAGACCUCUUAGGCUGCAUCUCUCUUCCUCAGCUGCUGUGUUUUUUUUUUUUUUUUUUUUUUUUUUUUUUCUUUUUUAGCUGCGUUGUCAGCCCAGCUAUUGGAGGAUGGGAAGUGGAGAGAGGGUCAUUCUUUCCCUCUUCCUGUAGUUUUCUAGAUUUGUCUGCAGAAAGGUGAGAUGUCUUCAUGGUACAGCUCCAGUGUCCUGUCAGAGACCUGAAUGCUCUAUUUACCCAAUGCUUCCAGACUCUUAGCUGUUCUGCCCAGACACCUCCCUCCCACUUAAAGCCUGAGCUGGCUGAGCCAAAUGCCCAGCACUGUCCCUAUCUAAUUGGGCACUUGUCUAGGGCACACCGCCCCCAGGUGCUCACACACAGGCCAUAUACUCCUUCUGGGAAGGCCAGCAUCAUCCUGAAGAUGACCUGUGGGGUUGGUCCUUGAUUGCUGUCCCCCCUACAACCCCUGAGAAGGGAGGCUGCCCAUUGCUGCUAUUGCUCCUCACCACCAACUCCCUCAUGGACAGAUGGACAGACAGAUCCCUGAUGUCUGUCACCAUAGACACACGUGUUGUACAUGUGGCCCUUAACACUUGACACUCUUAACACUACUCAUGGGGCUGGGUAGAGGGAGGCUUGUGGUUUGGGGAUUGUUGUUUUUUUGGGUUCUUUUCUCUCUCUCUCUUUUUUUGUAAUUUCAUACUAGUAUUUGGGUAACUGUAGGGAGGAGGGGAGGGAACAUGGGAGCAAGGGAACAUGUCAUUGUGACAACUUUUUUGAUAUUCAUUAGAAAUGAUGCAAUAUAUCCUUUCUGAGAUAUUUACAGUAUUAUUAAAAAAUGAAAAGGGUUGGACUGUUUUGCAUAACAAACUUUUUAUUGGCAACUCAAAGAGCACAAGGUUGUCUGUCUGCUCAUUUUUAAAAAUUAAAGGAUGUGGAUCAACUCCCA